AUGUCUGCUGACGUCUGGGUGGGAACAUGGAGACCCCACCGGCCCAGAGGGCCCAUCGCUGCUCUCUACAGCAGUCCCGGGCCCAAGUACGGGCUCCCCACAAACGUAGGUUACCCCCUUCACGACCCCUCCCGCUACCGAGCCCCUGCGUACAGCUUCGGCAUCCGCCGCCUCCAUCUGCAGGAUGAGUGCUCCCCGGGGCCCAAGUACAUGGUGCCAGCCAAGAUGACCAUGAAGGGCAAAGAUGGUAACCCUGCCUACUCCAUCUAUGGCCGUCCCAGGGAUCUGAUGCCCUUCCUGACCCCCGGGCCAGGUCGAUAUUCUCCAGAGAAGGCAGGGAAAUGGGCCUAUCGCUCCGCGCCCAUCUACUCGCUCGCCUCGCGUACGAAGGAGUUUGCGAAUGACCAGACUCCAG